AUGCCUCAGGUGGAUCUCGUUAAACUCUUGCAAAUAUGUGUGAAUGGCGCUUUGGCUGCGCAGCAGUACAUUCUGCUCGAUCUGAUUCAGCUUCGCAGUUUGGAAGUAUCCCGUCGUGACGUGUGUAUAGCGGAUUUGGACCAGCAGGAAAUUGCGCGGUUGCGUGCCCGUCUGAAAGCUGCGGUUUCGGUUGAUGUGAAGGGGAAGCUCGAGUAUAAAGAGGGUGGCUCCGUUGAUGACCUCGUGACAACUGCGGAUGUCGUCACUCAGGGCUUAAUGGAGCGCCUCCUCGCUGAGGCAUUCCCGGAUACGCCCUUUACUAUUAUUGGUGAAGAAGAAGCAACAACAACUGAUGCCAUUAAAAUACAGGUGGAACGUUGUGUGGAAGCGUUCCGUGACGUGAACGCCGUAGCACCACUGCAAAAAGAACUUGAGGCACAUGCCUCCAGUGAUUCGCGGCACGUGUCAGCAUCAACCGUGGAGGAGCUCCGCGCUCGCGUUGGGGUAUUCAUUGACCCAAUCGAUGCCACAAGCUGCUUCGUUGACGGGACGUGGGGUGCCCCAAUGACGCUUGUUGGGAUCACAGUUGACGGUGUACCGGUUGCCGGUGUUUCCAAUCGUUUUUUUUACAGCACUGUUGAUGACUUAACUUCGGGCGGUAAUGCCGGAUGUACGGGUCUAUCAUACGUGUGGAAUGACCCCUCUGCGGGACCUUUUAUUGUGCACGAGGGACGGCUGGCGACUCCUCUUUGGUCACUCGGAAGGAAGACGACCAGCAACCUUGCCAUGCUACGUGUUAUUCGUUCUGGCACAACCAGUAAUAAGCGCUUCGAGCAGUUGUUGGCCCGACUGCAGCCCGUUGAGCCUCGAAGUGCUCGGGGCGCUGGCAAUAAGUUGAUGCUUCUUGUUGUCUCUAUGCUCGCGGCAUCAGAUGGGGCGGCUGCCGCUGCAUGCGACGUAUUCUUGGCCCCACCUAACAGCAUCAGCAAGUGGGACACAUGCGCUGCUCACGCUUUCCUUCUGGCGCUAGGAGGUGAUAUGCGUACACUGCGGGGAGAACUCAUCCGGUACCCGCUGCGAGGCACAACUAAUCUCAAAACCCUUCCUGACGGGGUCGUUGGUUUGACGCGAUGGUCGAUGACGGAAGGCCUUCGGCGUUUGGGAUGGCAGUAG